CGGUCGUGUUGGAAGUUAACAUACCAGUCUGUCGAGAGGUCGAGAGUAGUUGUGCCGGUUCAUUUCGCAAAAACAAAAAGAAACAAGUAAUUACCGGAUAAAUUAUAAAAGCAAUAAUGGCUGUGCUACCAUUGGAUUUCAUUGAUCUUAUGGACAGAUUGGAGCGUGCAGGUAUCGCUAGUUCGGCUGCCGGUCUUGGCCUUCCCGCUGUUCUUCCUACCGAGGCUGGCAUUCCAAAAACUUUAUUGCAAAUGUUGCAUUUGCCGUCGUACAAAGCCGAAUCAAGGUGUCCCGUGGCGUAUUCCAGACCAUGGAGCGAGCUUCUGCGGAAAGGUGAAGGUGGAGCAUCGACCGUGAAAGACGACAAGGAUAAAUUUCGUGUAGACCUGGAUGUGCAACAUUUCGGACCGGAUGAGAUUAAUGUUAAGGUCGCUGACCAUUGCGUGACAGUCGAGGGGAGACACGAAGAGAAAGCAGACGAUCAUGGCUGGGUAGCCAGACAAUUUUCAAGGAGAUACAUUGUGCCUGAACAAUGCGAUAUCGAGCAGGUAUCGGCGAAACUGUCUUCGGACGGUGUUCUGUCAAUCAUAGUGCCGCGCAAGGAAAAGCCGCUACCCAAUGGCGAAAGAGUAAUCAAUAUAGAGCAUACCGGCAAGCCAUCUAUUCAUGAUUCGCCGAGCGCAGCAAAUGGAUCGGCAGAGCAGAAAAUGGAGUAAAGUUCCAGUAUUAAACAUUUAUAAAUUCCUCUAAUACUUGCACAUUAUACGUAUCCGUAACACUAUCAUAACACUAUCACAAGUAUUUAGCAUUUUAUGUAACAUCAUCGAAACGCAUUUCAAUAAAUAGACACAAAUGUCUUACGUUCAAAUGUACCUUCAAAGUGUGUUUAGUUUCUACACUUUUCUAAAUUCCCACGUUACUCUUAUUUGUGAGAAUGAACCAAUUUCGUUUUAAACACAUUUGUAUUACGUUGUUUCGUUAUUUUGUACGUUUGUGAUAAGAACCUAUAUAAAUAAUAAGACAUGAUAUUAUUUGUUCCCUUCAUAAUAGUUUUUAGAACAUUUUACUCGAUGUGAGCGGAAUGCAAUUAAUAAAUUGAUCAUAUAAUAUCAAAUGUGUAACAUA